CAAAACACAGAAUUGUUGCCUUGAUUUUAGCUAACGUUAGCUAGCUAAAUCACUUCAAAGUUACGUAGAUAACCAGUUUAUUGCAAUAAUAAUUGUAAUCUCUCCAUUUGUCCAACUCUGUCAGCUUUUAAACCAAGGUUUUUGCGUUAUCGAAAUGGGGAAAGGUUGCAAAGUUGUGGUGUGUGGUUUGGCAUCUGUAGGAAAAACAGCCAUCCUUGAACAGCUGUUGUAUGGCAAUCACGCUGUUGAGGCCGUAUCACUGUAAAUGCUGCAUGGCCAAUGCAGACGUCGGAUUGCUGUUCAUUGACUACAGCUCAGGCUUCAACACCACAGUACCCUCCAAGGUCAUCAUUAAGCUCUGGGACCUGGGUCUGGGUCUUGGACUUCCUGACGGGCCACCUCCAGGUGGUGAAGGUUCAGAGUCCACUGAGACCCAGGAGGAUGUGUAUGUGGCAUCGGUGGAAACGGAUCGUGGUGUAAAGGAACAGUUACGUCUCUAUGACACCAGGGGUCUCCAUGACGGCCUGGACCUUCCCAAGCACUACUACUCUGUGGCAGACGGCUUUGUGCUGGUCUACAGUGUGGACAGCCUGGAGUCCUUUAAGAAGGUGGACGUCCUCAAGAAGGAAAUAGACAAGUCCAGAGACAAGAAAGAGGUGAUGGUGAUCGUGCUAGGGAACAAGACAGACCUGCGUGAGCGUCGUCAGGUGGAGCAGGAGGCAGCGCAGCAGUGGGCGCGGGGGGAGAAGGUUAAGCUAUGGGAGGUCAGCGUCACUGAGAGGAACUCUCUCAUCGAACCCUUCACCAUGCUCACCAGCCGCCUCACACAGCCUCAGAGCAAGUCUGCCUUCCCUCUUCCAGGACGCAAGAGCAAGGGCACGGCGUCCAACGACAUAUGAACUGAACUCAACCUCAAGAGCACCUAAGUUCCAAGUACUUCAGGGGGGAGAUGUUACAGAGUAGGAUUGAUGAGUUAGCCAGCCAACUUCAAUUAAUAUUCUGACUUCAUAUCAGCAUGACUCUACAUUCCAUAGACAACCAACAACCCAUAUUAAAAGAGCUUUUUUUUAAUUGACUAGCAAAUCAAGAGAUGUAUCUUAAUGUUUAUCAAAGUGAGCUGGCUAAAUGAGUGAGCCUGCUUUGUGGUGUCAUACACUCCUCUGGUUUCAGUGUGUUCCAUCCUAUGGGAUGGCUAUAAUAGCCGCUGUACAGCAAGGUCUAGGCCUAUCUAAUGCGCCUUUAGUGUGAGGCAUAUUACAUAGUGUAUGGCCUACUACCAUCUAGUGUACGGCAUAUUACUAGAUACUACCUAGUGUAUAGCCUACUACCAUCUAGUGUACGGCAUAUUACUAGAUACUACCUAGUGUAUGGCCUACUACCAUCUAGUGUACGGCAUAUUACUAGAUACUACCUAGUGUAUGGCCUACUACCAUCUAGUGUACGGCAUAUUACUAGAUACUACCUAGUGUAUGGCCUACUACCAUCUAGUGUACGGCAUAUUACUAGAUACUACCUAGUGUAUAGCCCAGUAGCAAUAAAAAAUGAUGGUACGACCUUGAUCAGGUAUGUUGCUUAUGUCUGAUUAUUAAAUGUCUGUCUUUCAUCAGUUGCACCCUAAAUGGUUGUUUUUGUGUAUUUGUUAAAAAAUACAAAACCUGUGUAGUUUAUUAGCUUUGUACAUGUUUUAUUUACCUAAUUUAUUUGUCACUUUAUGAAACUUAAUUCCUAGUGCGUAGGAAUGGGAUGAAAUAUGGCUUCUGUCAUGCGUCCAAAUAAUAUCCUCUCUCCUGAAGUGUACACUAGUUCACUACUACAAAAGUAAAAGCAUUGGAUUGGUGGAGGCAUGGGCCAGGAGUUUCCACCAUAUUUCUUAGUCAUUUUCUUUCAAUUCAGUGAAUUGAAGUAAACGCUGAGGAUGGAGAGAUAAUUGGAACAUUGCCUGUGUCCUUCAUGUCUUGUGUGAGACCUAGCUAAAUAAAUUGAAUAUUUUAUGCU